ACAUCCCUCUGUGGGUCCCGCCCACAGUUGCCGACCACCACCAUUAAAAUCCCACUAACAAGAGCAGCCAAAGCAUCAUCGCACGGUGACACUACAGAAACCGAUCACCGACGGCCCUUGAUAGCCGAGCCGAUUGCCACUGCUUCCUCCCAUAAAAGCUCUCUCCUUUUCUUCUGUUUCGAUCUCACUUCAUUACUGGCUUUUCGAUCGUUUGAUCUGAACUAAAAAUGGCGGAGGCUUCAUCUCAGGGACCCACUCUCUUUUCUCCGUUCAAGAUGGGCAAGUUCAAUCUCUCUCACAGGGUGGUGCUUGCGCCGAUGACGAGGUGCCGAGCUUUGAACGGCGUGCCGCAGCCGGCGUUGGCCGAGUACUACACUCAAAGGUCAACCAACGGCGGCUUUCUGAUCACCGAAGGCACUUUGGUCUCCGACACUGGCGCUGGGUUUCCACAUGUUCCUGGGAUUUACAAUGAUGAACAGGUGGAGGCAUGGAAGAAGGUUGUGGAUGCGGUUCACGCCAAAGGUGCCAUUAUUUUCUGUCAACUUUGGCAUGUGGGUCGUGCUUCUCAUGAAGUUUACCAACCUGGUGGGGGAUCACCAAUAUCUUCAACCAACGUUCCCAUUUCGAGGAGGUGGAGAAUUCUAUUACCCGAUGCGUCUCAUGCCACUUACCCUAAGCCUAGACGCUUAGAAACCCCUGAAAUCCUUCAAGUGGUGGAGCAUUAUCGACAGGCUGCCUUGAAUGCCAUUCGAGCAGGUUUUGAUGGAAUUGAGAUUCACGGGGCACAUGGCUACCUCAUUGAUCAAUUCUUGAAAGAUGGAAUCAAUGAUCGAACAGAUGAGUACGGCGGAUCACUUGCAAACCGUUGCAAAUUCUUGCUUCAGGUGGUUCAAGCAGUGGUUGGAGCCAUAGGUGCUGAUAGGGUUGGUGUCAGAAUCUCACCAGCCAUUGAUCACCUUGAUGCAGUUGACUCUGCUCCACUUACCCUAGGCCUUGGAGUGAUUGAAAGGCUCAACAAGCUUCAACAAGACUGGGGCUCAAAACUCACUUAUCUCCAUGUUACUCAGCCCCGUUAUGCUGCAUAUGGCCAAACCGAAUCUGGCAAACCUGGCAGUGAUGAAGAGGAAGCUGUGUUUAUGAGGACUUUAAGAGAUGCUUAUCGCGGUACGUUUGUUGCUAGUGGUGGGUACACGAGGGAGCUUGGAAUUCAUGCUGUGGCUUCUGGGGAUGCUGAUUUAGUGUCUUAUGGUCGCCUUUUUAUCUCGAACCCUGACUUGUUUUUGAGAUUGAAGCUUAAUGCACCUUUGACCAAGUAUAACAGGAAGACUUUCUACACGCAAGACCCUGUUGUUGGGUACACAGACUACCCUUUUCUGAGCAAUGCAAGUGGGAAAGAGGAGGAACCACUCUCCCGCCUCUGAUUUUUGUGUUUUGGAAAUGUUACUUUUACCUUUUGGAUAUUGUAUUAUUUGGUAUAAAUAAUGUUGUUAAAUUUGGUUACAUGAUUUUAGGUGACAUGAUUCUGAGGUAGUUUUAUCUGCUUAUUGCUUUAUAAACCAAACCCAAACCUUGAA